AUGGCGCGUGCCUUCGUUCUAAUUAUAUGGUGUUUAUGUUUCAGUAUAUCUCGAUGUCAUAUUCCUAAUAAUUAUUACGAUUCAGCUGAGAGCGUUGCACCGGUGGCAGUACUUCCCGGAAAUGUAACAAAGUUGACUCGGUCCGAGAGCCAAGAGCGUCUCAGGGCAGUGCGAGUUGUCUUGGCUUCUAGAGCAGUCGACGCAUACAUCGUGCCCACAGCUGAUGCCCAUAACUCGCAAUACAUAGCGCCUUCUGAUGCUCGCCGAGAAUGGGUGUCAGGACUGCGUGGAUCAUCUGGUACUUCUGUGGUAACCGCCACCAGAGCUUUAGUCUGGACAGACGCUAGAUACUUCACGCAAUUCGAAGUUGAAGUAGACGGGAGUCUUUGGGAGCUGAUGAGGCAAGGCACCGAUCCCUCGAUCCAAAAUUGGUUAGUUGCGAAUAUGCCACCGAACUCUGUAGUUGCUGUCGACCCGACUACGUACACCAGAAACUCAUGGAACACUCUCCAGGCGGCACUAACUCGAGCCAACAUCAAAUUAGAAGCAAUAUCUGAAAAUUUAAUAGACUUAGCCAGAGUUAGUAUUGGUGAUGAUCCUCCGAGCCGACCUAACAAUCCACUGAUUCCUCUGACCGUGAACUUUACUGGUCGACCUUCGAGUGACAAAAUCUCGCAACUGCUUCAACAAAUGAAUUCAAGAGGCGCCUCCGCUUUGGUCCUGACAGCCCUCGAUGAUAUAGCCUACACACUAAAUCUCCGUGGUACUGAUAUACCGUUUAAUCCGGUGUUCUUUGCCUAUUUGGUCAUCAGAACGGAUCUGGUAGCGCCGAACAAUAUUAUUCUGUUCUGGGGCAACGGAGUUCUGUCGUCAGACAUAUCACAGCACUUGGCUUCAGAGAACACCCAAUUACAGGCAAGACCGUAUGCAGAAAUCUUCACGUAUCUCGGUACGUUGGCGUCCGAAGUAUCCGGCAGGAGUAUCUGGUUGUCCGAUGACGCGAGCCACGCUGUCUAUUCUGCGGUUGAAAGUGCCUCAAACGUUAACAUUCAGUCUUCUGUAUCUCCUGUAGCCUUGAUGAAGGUUAUCAAGAAUGAAGUCGAAUUGCAGGGCUUCCGUAACGCACAUGUCAAAGAUGGCGUAGCUGUGGUAAGGGCGCUCUACUGGCUUCACCGGCAGUUGGACGCUGGAGCCGAGGUCACCGAGGUCGGCUUGGUAAACAAACUAGCAGAAUACAGGAGUGAAGAAACCGACUCCAUGGGUCCUUCGUUUUCGACUAUCGCCGGCGCCGGAGAGAAUGGCGCGAUAAUACACUACAGUCCUCUGAGCGAGGGUCCUCAGAGAGUGAUCACCAAGGAUGACAUGGUUCUGGUUGAUUCAGGAGGGCAAUACAAAGAUGGUACUACCGACAUCACCAGGACCCGGCACAUGAACUCUUCUCCAACUCCUGAACAGCGUCGAGCGUUCACAAGGGUCAUGAAGGGACAGAUCGCUCUGGGAACUGCCGUCUUGCCAGCAGGCAUAUUGGGUCACACAAUUGAGGUGCUGGCCCGCAAGGCGCUUUGGGACAUCGGCCUCAACUAUGGUCACGGGACGGGUCACGGCGUGGGACACUACCUCAACGUGCACGAGGCACCGGCCUGGAUCCUCAGUGCAGUCUCGGUUGAUGACCCUGGCAUCAGACCAAACAUGAUAUACAGUAAUGAACCCGGGUACUACGAAGUAGGGGAGUACGGGAUUCGCCACGAAGAUCUUGUCCAGACUAUCGAGAUGAACAGCAGCGCUGAUCAUGUACUGGCUGACGGCAUUAUCGGUGAUUUUGACGGGAGAGGCGCCGUAGCGUUCUACACGAUAUCCCUGGCGCCUCAUCAAACAGCGUGCCUUGAUGUCAAUCUACUAACCGAUCUGGAGAUCAAGUACCUGAAUAAUUAUCACGCCAGAGUGCUAACGACUUUAGGUCCUAUAUUGGAACAGCGAGGGUACAAUGACGUUCUGGAGUGGCUUACAGACGAAUGCGCGCCGAUAACUAGGUCUAGUGCUCCUGCGAAGGUUGUAACGCCUCUUGUCCUGAUCAGCGUUUUCGUAGCUUGGCUUGGAUAGUUUGU